AUGCACGAGAAUUACAAAGACCAGAUAUAUAUGGAAUGUAUAAUUGAUUUUAACGCCUAUUUGAUUGUGAAGAUACCUCAAUUCUCAAAUACAUUUAUUAAUAAUAAGAAUUUUGUUACAGAAUUAAACUUCUUAAUAAAGUACUAUUUCGAUAAUUGUAUCAAUUUAUCUGAACUUUAUAAAAUAAUAUCAUUCACGAGCCUACUAUUGGAAUAUGAACACAAUAGUUACAAUUUACUAUUAAGUACAUUUGAGAAGAUAAUGUCAAACGUGUUAAAGGGGAUUGAUCGGGAGUAUACCAAUGAAUUGGUUGUCAACAUACUUUAUUUGAUCUUGUUCCUGAAUAGAAAGGGGGUAUUUUGGGAAAUCCUCCACUCAAGCAAUUUGUUUCUAGACAUUGUUAAGAUAAUGCAAAAUUUUAUCGUUUCAAAGAGGUGCAAUGAGGAGACUAAAAUGUGUAUUCUCACAAUAAUUUCCGAAGUUUGUCAACACAAGCACAUAUCAAACUAUCUACUAUAUGCCACUGGAAUGUGCGAAUGGUUAAUCGAAUCCAUUCGCAUAAAUAGCAUUGAAGUGGCUACAAUGUCACUAGUGUGCAUAAGAGAUAAUUUCAUUACCUGUAGAAGCUUCAAACUACACGCCAGUUAUGAAGGGAUUAAUUUGCUAGUCUCCCUAGUCGUUGUUAAAAAUGUCACUGAUGUUACGUAUUUAGUCAAGUUAUUAUUGAUGAUAGAAAAGUGUUUUCACAUGUAUUCAGAUGAAAACACCAUUACUGGAAGUAAUAUAUUGAUUUUUAAAAUCAUGAACCAAUCGUUGUUGCUAGAAAAUUAUUAUCAGUCGAUUACAUUUGAUUCUGAAAUUGAUGAAAUCACUACCAUUUUAGAUGAAAUAAGGAACUAUUUUUGUAAGUCGAAUUCCAAUAAUUUAGUAAAAUUAGAUCCUUUGCGUUUAAUACAGGCGAUUAAGGAUAAUGGAAAGAUUAGUAGUAAGCACGCAAAACAGAUAGGAUUUGAAAUAAUACUAAUUUCCAAUUCAUUUAUUUUCGCAAUACGACCCUUUUUAAUUGAAUUUAACGAGGAAACAUUUGAAUUGCUUCAUACCAUAAUCAUUUGUAUAUGUGUAAACAAUUCCUUUACACCUUCCAUUGUUAAUAAAAUCGAUGAGAAUGAUGCCAUAUUUGAUAAAAUUUACAAUAUAUUCAAGAAAACAACUCUAGACACUUGGAAGUGGUUGCUAAACCAAAAUAGUUACUUAAGAAUCAAACGAAAGCUAAUAUAUUCCUUUAUCAAGCAGUUAAUCAUCAAAAUAGAUAUUUUGGAUAGAUAUAAAUGCUUGUACAUGAUAUUUAGUUACUUUAACGUUGAAAAGAGUCUUUCACUAAUAAAAGGACACCAGAACAUAUUCAAUCAAUACAAUCAAUGGAAUAUAGGGGAGGGCGAAUGUGACACAUAUACCAUAUUGGUUCCUCUGUUUGUAAAAAAGAUUAUACCUCUAUGCAUAAAAUAUUUCAUGGUUAAGCCCCUGAAAUUUGAAAACGAAAUUGGAAUAUCAUUUAGACACUUAUAUAAUGUUACUUUAUGGACUACAAAUGAGCUUGUUAAGAACAACAUACAAAUUGAGGUGGACAGAUCGAAAGCUGUAUUGCUGUCACUCUCAGAUAUAAUAUCAUUUUCUUUGAGUUCAGAAAGACAAAUACAACUAAAUUCAUUCUAUUUCAUCGCUAUAAUAAUAAAACUGACCUAUAUAACCAAUAAAAAUGCACUAAAUCACAAUUAUCUGUUAUCAGAAUUUGAUAAAUUACUUUCACUCAUUAGUAAAGUUUCAAAUAUGGCACAUUCAUUGGCAUCAACUGCAUUGUUAGUGAGGAUAAACAACGAUUUUGAUGUUUUUAGACAUAUAGAAGAUGAUACAAAUAAUUAUUUUCGAAAGUUAUUCCAAGGUCAGAAAGUGACAAACAUGGAUCCCAAUGCAAAUAACUCAAAAAAGCUCACACUAACUUGGACGACAUGGAAUAAAUAUUUUGAUAACAAUUUGAUUGUGAACAACUUGGCCAUGGAUACGAUGUUAGCACUUGUAGAAUCUCAGGUAUUUACUGGUUUAUUUAUCGAAAUAUAUUCAGCAACAUCAACUAAGUUAUGUGUGCUAAAUUGUACUUAUCUCGUGGAAAUGAUUUUUGACCAACAGAUUAGGAAGGAAUACAACAAUAUGAAAUGGAUCAUGUUGUAUACCAAGGAAAUUAACUUGGCAAUUUGUCUAUCGCAAUUUAUACGGCAGGCAAUAGACAUUUUAUUUAGUGACUGGUGGUUUACCAGUUAUCCGUUUGAUAUGCUGGAGGAGUAUCAACAAUCCCUAUUCAAAUUUUUAAACCCAGAUACAUAA